AACAUACAUAAACCCUAGCAGGUAAUCUCCAAGUAAUUUCGCCUUCCAGCUUAACCAUGAUGAGAAUUCUUGUACAACACGCAAAACUUUACAGGAGUUGCACCCUCAGAACCCUGUGGUCGUCGGCUAAUCAAACUUUGCAGCAUCGUUUAACAGAGGCUCUUGAUCAGAAUGCACAAAUCAUUCCGGUGCUACAGCAGUGGCGGCAACAGGGGAAUCAGAUCGACCCUUCUCACGUGAGAGUCAUAAUCAAAAAGCUUCGUGAUUCUGACCAAUCUCUCCAAGCCCUUCAGGUGUCAGAGUGGAUGUUAGAUAAUGUUGUCGAAAGUAACGGUGUGGCUCCCGACAGCGUCAAUGUGGACAACGUGUCGAAGCUAUACGCGUCUGUGUCCGACGUGAGGGCGAUGGAGAAGCUCUUAACUGCGUGGGAAGAGAACUGUGGGAACUGGAGCACUCUUGAGUGGCUCAUUACUCUUGACAUGGCAAAGGCUUGCCUCAAAGACGGUUCACAAGAAAAGGCGAUAAAAUUGCUCACGUCAACCGAGAAACUAGUUGACCCCAAAACGUUUAAACAAGCUUACGAGCUUCUCACGAAGCUCUAUGGUGAUGCUGAAAAGAAAGAAGAGGUGCUACGUAUAUGGAACCUUUGCAAUAAGAGCACAGAAGAGAGUUGUGAUAACAAUGACUAUCUAACUGUGAUCCGUACACUCUUAAAGCUAGACGCUAUCACUGAGGCGGAAGAGUUUUACAAAGUGUGGGAAUAUUCGCCUCUUGAGUUUGAUUACCGGAUCCCAACUAUGUUGGCCUCUGGUUAUCGAGAGAGAGGAAUGGUUGAUGAAGCUGAGAAACUUAUUAUGAAAACUUUAAUAAAGAACAUAAGAAUGAAGAGACCUAUCAAUCCGCUUUUGGACGAAUGGGGAGGUAGAAUGAGAGUGUCUGAACUCAAAUGCCUCAUCAAGAAUCUUCAUGAUUCUAAUCAGUUUUCCAAAGCACUUCAGGUUUCAGAGUGGAUGGAUGAAAAAAGGGCUUGUAACAUUUAUGCUGAAGAUUAUGCAGCUCGGCUUCAUAUGGUUGAAGUUGUGUUGGGUUUGGAAGAAGCAGAGAAGUUCUUUAAAAACAUCCCUGAGAACAUGAAGGAUUACACUGUCUACGCAACUCUCCUAAGCUCUUACGCAAAAUCUGACAAACAUUUGGGUAAGGCCAAGGUAACUUUUGAGAAGAUGAGAGAGCUAGGUUUCCUCAUGAAACCUUCACCGUUCAACUCGAUGCUCUCUUUCCCCAGUCAAAGAAAUAUGGUUGGGGAGUUUCUUCGUGAGAUGGAAGAGAACAACGUGUCUCCCGAUAGUCUCAUAGUGAACAAAGUCUUGAGAAUAUAUGCGGCUGACUCAAACGUAGAAGCUAUGGAAAAGUUCAUGAAAAAGUGGAGUGGAGAAGAAGGGAUCAAACUAGAAAGAGAGACCAUGGCUGCAGUGGCAAAGGCUUACGCUAAAGCAGGAUCGAUGGGAAAAGCUAUAGAGAUGUAUGGUGGUGUGGCAGGGAGUGAAGGAGAAGUGUACCGUCUUUGGAACGAGUUUAAGAAGAAUGAGGAGUUGGAGGAUGAUUGGUGGUGCCGUCUUUUUAACAAAAAUGAGAAGUUGGAGGGUGAUAUGUAUAAAACUGUUAUUACUUCUUUGUUGAAGCUAGACAAUGUAGAAGGAGCUGAAAAGGUAUAUGGAGAGUGGAAACCGGUUGGACCGAACCUGGACUUGAGCAUACCUGGCUUGUUGAUUUCCCGCUUUUGUGCAGAAGGAAACGAAUUGAAAGUUGGUGAAUUGAUAAAUUCCAUUAAAGGGAAGAGGAAUGAGAUGCAUGCAAGGAUGGUGAGGGAUUAUAUCGCCAGGGUCGUGACAUAUGUUGCUAUCGGUGUGUUCUUCUUUCUUGUAGUGGCCGGACGAUAUCUAACAAAAUUCUGGCCGUGGAUUUUAUUUUUUUAGGUACAUGGGUUACUAAGGAGGUGAUUGGUUGGACUUUAAUUUUUAUCUACAACCUUAAAUACUACCAACUAGGUGUUUUGUCCGCGCUGCAGGCUUAAACAUUUUAAUAAUUUUUGAAAAGUUCUUUGUAGACUAUAUUCAUAACUAGGUGAUUUUCCCGUGCUGAUGCACGCAUAUAAAUAUUUAUAAAAUAAAUAUACUAUAAUAUUUGAUUGUUAUUUAUUUUUAUUUUUUAUAUAAUUUAUAAUUUGUAUGCAUAAUUUUGUUAGUAAUAUUAUAUUACAUUAAUUAGAUAUAUGAUUUUAGAUAUGUUAUAUCUAAUCGGAUUUGUGUUUUUUACAGUCGAUUUAGUUAUCAUGUGGGUAUAUUAGAUUGCAUCUAUUUCUCUGAAUUCAACUAUAAUAUUUUUUAUUUUAAAUAUAUUAAAAUUAUGAUUAAUUUUCUUAUUUGUAUUUACAUUCGUUGUUGUCUUAGAUAUGUAAAUAUAUUCGAGGAAGAUUAUGUAAACUUAAGAUAAUUGUGUUUAGAAUAAAAUAUAAAAUAAAUUAAAGUGAAAUUGAGUAAAUUAAUAUAACGACAAUAUUCUACAGUUUCAUGCAUAUAUAUAAAUUUUACAAAAGAACUAAAUAUAAGAGUUGGUUAAUAUUUUAUUUUCAUUUGUUAAUAUUUUUUGAGGCAUCCUAUAAUUUACAUUUAUAAAAUAAAUUAUUAUUAUAAAAUUAUACUAGUUGAUUUCCCGCACCUUGUGCGGAUAAAUAUAUAUGUACAUCUAACAAUUUUUAAUUUUAUUUUUUAUAAGAUAAUAAUAAUUGAAUUAUAUACAAAUUUUAAAUUAUUAUAAAUUAUAAUAUUUCAAUAUUCAUAUUGGUAAUCAAUGUAUUAAAUUGUAUUAUUUUGUUUCAUAUUUUUAUUUAUGUGAUGUUGACUUUGGAUCAAAAUAUUUUUAUAGUAAUAACUAAAUUAGGAAAUUUUGUAGGUGAAACUAACACAUAUUUUAUUUGGACUCAAAAGAAAUCAUGUGCUACUAAAAGGAUUAUAAAAAAAUUACAAAUAUAAAACAUUAACAAAUAACAAUAGUUUAGGAGUGUUCAGUAAAACCAAACCAUUCAAACCCGAACCAAACCGAAACAGAAAAAAUAGUCUGGAUUUGGAAGUACCGAGGAUGUUAUGUUUAGAAAGCAUCAGUAUAUGAAUAUGGUUCAAUAUAUUAAAGGAUCAAAC